AUGGGUAAGCGUUUCUAUUCUGCUGGUCAUGAGGAUGAAAGCUUCGAAUCAUUCACUGAACGUUACGUCAAAUUCUUUGAUGGUGUCGAAGACCUUUUCGAACUUCAACGUGGUUUGAACAACGCUUUUGCUUACGAUCUUGUCCCUGCUCCUUCUGUCAUUGAAGCUGCUCUUAAGGCUUCUCGUCGUGUUAACGACUUUGCCACUGCUGUUCGUGUUUUCGAAGGUCUUGAAGCCAAGGUUGAAAAUGAAAAGCAAUACAAGGAUUAUCUUGCUGAAUUGGAACCUAUUAGAAAGGAAUUGGGUAUUUUGACCAAGGAAGAAUUGAGCCAUAUAUAUGUGUAUAUUCGUAAAUACACCACUGACAAAGAACCAAAAAAGAAGGACGAUGAACCUUUCAAUAUACCUAAAGGAUUCGAGAGUUUUUUCGGUAAACAGUCUGGAAAACAAGCCAAGAAGUCAGCAGAUGAAGCUGCCUCCAAACACGCCAAGAAUUCUUCUGAACAAGUACCUAAACCUCCACCAAAGAACAAUGGACCUGCCCCUGAAAUACAAAUCAAUGGCAAUUUGGUAUUGGGUUCUCUUGUCGGCGGCUAUGUGACCUGGAAGUUGUUUAGCCCUGCUGAAUCCUCACGCGAAAUUACCUGGCAAGGAUUCCGCACUCAAUUGCUCGAUAAAGGUCUUGUUGAUAAGUUAGUCGUUGUCAAUCGUAACCGAGUCCGAGUCCAUUUGAGAUCAGAGGCAGGCUCAUUAGGUGUAUCACCUCAUCAAACCUUUGUUUUCACUAUUGGAUCACCCGAUAGCUUUGAACAAAAGCUAGAAGAAGCUCAAAAUGAACUGGGCAUUCCUUCCAAUGAGCGUAUUCCUGUUGCUUACCGUGAUGAAAUCAGUGUGUUACAGACAUUAUUGCAUUUUGCCCCCACUGUCUUAUUGAUAGGUGUCUUGGUCUACAUGACUCGUCGUGGUGCAGGUGGUGUUGGUGGACAAGGUGGUAUUUUCGGUAUUGGUAAGAGUAAGGCCAAGAUGUUCAACCAAGAAACAGACAUUCGUGUCAAGUUCAAGGAUGUGGCUGGUGCUGAUGAAGCCAAGGAAGAAAUUAUGGAAUUCGUCAAGUUCUUGAAGAAUCCUGCUGCGUAUGAACGUCUUGGUGCUACCAUUCCUAAGGGUGCCAUUUUAUCCGGUCCUCCCGGUACUGGUAAAACCUUAUUAGCCAAGGCUACUGCAGGUGAAGCUGGUGUUCCUUUCUUGAGUGUCUCUGGUUCUGAGUUUGUGGAGAUGUUUGUGGGUGUAGGUCCUUCUCGUGUGCGUGACCUGUUUGCUACCGCUAAAAAGAAUGCUCCUUGUAUUAUCUUUGUGGAUGAAAUUGAUGCCAUUGGUAAAGCAAGAGGUAAAGGAGGUCAAAUGGGUGGCAAUGAUGAAAGAGAAAGUACCUUGAAUCAGCUGUUGGUCGAAAUGGACGGGUUUGAUUCGAGUCAGCAUGUGGUUGUCUUGGCUGGUACCAAUCGUCCUGAUGUCUUGGAUCCUGCCUUGAUGCGUCCCGGUCGUUUUGAUCGUCAUAUUGCUAUUGAUCGCCCUGAUAUUGGUGGCCGUGCUCAGAUCUUCAAGGUCCAUUUGAAGCCCAUCAAGACCAAGGUAGACAUGGAAGAACUGUCCCGUAAACUUGCUGCUCUGACACCUGGCUUUUCUGGUGCUGAUAUCCACAAUGUGUGUAAUGAAGCUGCUUUGAUUGCUGCUCGUAAAAUGAAAGAAGAUGUUGAAGAAAAGGACUUUGAAGAUGCUAUUGAACGUGUCAUUGCUGGUCUAGAAAAGAAGUCUCGCGUGUUGUCUCCUGAAGAAAAGAAGACGGUUGCUUACCAUGAAGCUGGUCAUGCUGUUGCUGGUUGGUACUUGCAAUAUGCUGAUCCUCUUCUCAAGGUCUCUGUCAUUCCUCGCGGUUCAGCCGCACUUGGUUAUGCUCAGUACUUGCCCAAAGACCAAUACCUUUACAGCAAGAAACAAUUGUUGGAUCGCAUGUGUAUGACAUUAGGUGGUCGUGUGUCUGAAGAAAUCUUUUUUGAUUCCAUCACUACAGGUGCUCAUGAUGAUUUACAAAAAGUGACCAAGAUUGCUUAUGCUCAAGUGACUACCUAUGGUAUGAAUGAAAGUAUUGGCCCUCUUUCUUUCACAGACCCUCAAAAUGAACAACAAUUCCAAAAGCCUUUCUCCGAAGAAACUGGUACUUUGAUUGAUAACGAAGCCAGAAAGUUGAUCAUUGAAGCUUAUGCUCGUACCAAGAAUUUAUUGACUGAAAAGAGACAAGAUAUUGAAAAGGUGGCCAAGUUGUUGUUGGACAAGGAAGUCUUGACUCGUGAAGAUAUGGAAAACUUGUUAGGCAAAAGACCUUUUGAAGAAUUCACAGUGUAUGAUGAAUAUGUUCGUAAGAAGGUACGUUGAUAAAUCAUAUUAUCUACUUUAAAUCUCAUUCGCUCAUUAGACUUCUUCACCGCCUCCUUUCCCUGAAGAUACUCCUGGUGGACAGCCCAAUGCUCCCAACUAAUCUGUAAUUUUCUCUUCUUCUUCUAUGUAACAACAGUGAAAUAGACAUACAAAAUAUCCUUAUUGUCAUCCUAUACAGACAAUCAAGUUAACAAAGAUAAAAUAAAUAAAUAAAUAAAAAAGAAAAGCUGUGUAUUAUAAACAAC